UAUAAAAGUCAUUAGUGUCACUGUCAGGAGGUUAAAGUGUAAAUUUUAAUGAGAAAUGAUAAAUCACUAAUAAUAGUUGCAAAUAUCAAACAUGAAUAACACAAAAACGCAGGAAGUCUACAGCGACCUAACAUUAUUUACAACUCCAGAUAAGUUUUUCUUGGAGCCCAAAAAUGGAGAGGAAUUGCUUGUGAUAGAGAGAGUAACUGAAGAGAUUUCAGUUUAUAAAAACCACCGUCACAUCAUACCAGCAGCUAGUAGUAGGAAAGAUUUCUGUGGCCUCCUAGGAAUCAUUAAUCUCUUGUCGGGGCCUUAUUUAGUAAUUGCCACACAGAGGGAUAUAGUGGGUUAUAUAUCAGGUUGUGCAGUAUGGAGGCUAGUAAAGGCAGAACUAAUUCCCUUCAGGAGCUCCUUAAACUUAAGUCCAGAAAAACAAGCCGACAAUGAAGUCUACCUUAGUAUGAUAGAACAAGUUUUAACGACACCCUUUCAGUAUUUCUGUUACGAUUACGACCUGACACAUUCCCUUCAGCGCCUUCGGGACAUUUCUCCAGAUUUCUGGAAACAGUCCCUGUGGGAAAGAGCCGAUCAACGAUUUGUAUGGAAUGGAUUCCUAUUAAGCCCUUUCAGAAAUGUGAUCAGCAAAAAGUUUUGUCUGCCGUUGAUGCUAGGGUUUGUUUCUAUUAACUUUUGUGUUGUUAAUGGGCAUAGCUUGAACUGGAUCAUUGUUACGAGGAGAAGUGUUUUUAGAGCAGGUACCAGAUUAUUCCGCAGAGGCAUAGACAAAGACGGAAACGUUGCUAAUUUCGUCGAAACUGAACAAAUCGUAGAGUACCAAGGCGAUCAUGCGAGUUUUGUUCAAAUUAGAGGCUCUAUUCCACUUUUCUGGCAGCAAAAUCCCGAUUUGCGUCUUAAACCUCCUCCUACCAUGAUCGAUAUGGACCCACAAGAGCAACAUUCCACCUGUUUGAAGCAUCUAGAAGAAGUGGCAACUUUAUAUGGCAAAGUUGUGUUAGUCAAUCUCAUUGACCAAAAGGGAGCUGAAGGUAACAUGGAGAAAUCCUUUAAGAACGCCAUGAGUUCAUUGUCGUAUCCUUCAGCACGAUACGAACCUUUCGACUUCCAUUCUGAAUGUAGCAAAAUGAGGUGGGACCGUCUGAAAAUCCUCAUAGACCGUCUAGCUCUGGACCAAGAUGAAAUGGGCUUCUUUCUCUUAUUGCGGGAUGGUUCCUUAAGCUCGUUACAAGACGGAGUCUUCAGGACGAACUGCAUAGAUUGUUUGGACAGAACCAAUGUGGUCCAAAGUAUGCUAGCGCACAGAAAUUUAGAAAUAGUUUUAAGGAAGUUGAAUAUUUUACACCAAAACCAGAACUUGGAGUUCCAGUAUUCCUUCGAGGUUUUGUUUAAGAAUGUUUGGGCAGACAACGCUGAUAUUAUAAGCACACAAUACUCGGGAACCGGAGCUUUAAAAACGGAUUUUACUAGAACAGGUAAAAGGACUAAGGCUGGAGUUUUUCGAGACGGAGUCAAUUCGCUUACCAGAUACUACAAAAAUAAUUUAACUGACGGGUAUCGCCAGGAUGCCAUAGAUUUGUUCUUAGGUUACGGCAAACCGAUAUCUCCACUAAGAGUAGACAAAUCGUGGCGAUAUAUUACUUACCCUUCGGUACUUUUAGUCGCUGUAUCCAUGUUUGUAGCUUCUGCUGUGUUUCCUUCGGAAUACUCAACCGAAUCUCUUCUGUUUUUGUUGUUUUGGGGUUCUAUGGUCUACGCCACAUUGCACACCAUAUUCAGAUACGGCGUUGAGUUCGUGGACAGACCUAGGCUCACGCAGUCUUAGCAGUUCGUCUAGUCAGGUAGUCAGGGGGAUGAUGUAGUAGGGAAUGGUAUUAUUCACGCACCAACACUUUGAAGAAGCUUCCUGUACUAUUUAUGUAAUUAAUAAUUAAUAUCGAGAUUCAAAAUUUGUCUAGCUGUAUUUUCUACAUAUAUUGUGAUGGUGUAGGCAGAUUAUCGGAGAAUAGGCCAUUUUUGGGAAAAGUUAUUUACCAGCAAUUUUAUUGCUGGAAUCUCUUAUGAUUCUAUAUAUUAAUAAUAUAGGUAUGCAAAGUCCGCAGAUAGUGUGCUAAUUUUUUUAUAAACAAAAUGGCGCCCGAAAAUCGUGUUUUUUAAAAUUCUUACUCUAUAACUCCAAAGAUUUUAACUUUACACCAAAAACACGUAAAUAAAAAUUCACCGUAAUUAAAUUCUGCGUAGAGACGUGUUUUUCCCGAUUUACUUCGACGAAAAUGUUCCCUGGAAAAUGCGGGUUUUUCCAACAAAAUCUUUAAUUUUCAACUAAAAUUUUAGAUAAGUAAUUGUUUAUCAAUAAUUAAAUAACUUGGUAAUAUAAAAGCUCUUUUCGUAUAGAUUAUAAUUCCAGAAGCCGAUGAAAAUUGAAUGAACAGUUUAACAACAAUUGAAUUGUUAAUUAAAAAUUUACGGUCGCUAUAAUAACCACAAUAAUUAUGAUACAUAAGAAUAACUAUGAUUUUUGUAUAAAAAGACACUGUACCUAUCUAAUGUACUUUACAGAAAUGAAAUUGGACUAUUUAAGCGGCCUCAGGAAUAUUUCAAAAUUAUAAACAAUUUUUUGGCUUAUAAACAAAUAGAAAAUCUCGGGAAAUAUUAAAUUAAAUUAAAUUAUGAAAACGUAUUGGAAAAAAAGCGGCAGGACGCUUCGUUUAAAAGAAAAAACGUUUAAUUGUGUUUAGUGGUUCCUGAGAUACAACCGAUCAAAUUUGACCGGCAUUUACGGCAAAGAUAUAAACAAUAGGAUCAUAAUUUUCAAACCAUCACCUUUUUAUUUCGGUCCUCUUUCUCCACUCCAAUUUUCAUAUCUUUAAAAUACUACAAAAAAAUGCAUUUUCUCGGCUUCCCAUGGAGCAAUUUUCUUCAUUCUUUUUUGUUCCUAAGUAACUCGAGUAGAGCCAUCUAACUAAUGCAUUAUUAAAUGUCAAACUUGCUUUUGUUUUGUUAUAAUAAAUUUAUUUAUUUAUUAUAACAAAAAUUUUUAAUUUGUUUGAAUAAAGAUUGUUUAAAUAAUUAUACAGCUUUCAAAUGAGAAUAUUUGUGUUUUUAACGCUAAUAGUACAGUUGUAGUAAAUUUAUCUAAAAAAAGUCUACAACUGGAAAAAAUAUGUAGUUUUCUUUUCAUAUAAAUAACUUAUUCUAUUAUAACAAAACAAAAACAAGUUUAACAUUUAAUAAUGCAUUAGUUAGAUGGCUCUACUCGAGUUACUUAAGAACAAAAAAGAAUGAAGAAAAUUGCUCCAUGGGAAGCCGAGAAAAUGCAUUUUUUUAAGGUAUACCGAUUUUUAACUUUACAUUUUCUCCAACCUAAUUUUUGAUUGGAAUUUUGCUAUUUUUGGCAAUUUUCACUCGUAAUAUCGAUAGUUUUUAUUAUAUAUGUUAUGAGUAUUUUAAAGAUAUGAAAAUUGGUGUGGAGAAAGAGGGCAAAAAUAAAAAGGUGAUGGUUCAAAAAUUAUGAUCCUAUUGUUUAUAUCUUUGCUAUAAAUGCCGGUCAAAUUUGACCGGUUGUAUCUCAGGAACCACUCAUCACAAUUAAACGUCUUUUUUUUUUAAAAGAAGCGUACUGCCGUUUUUUUUCCAAUAUCGUUUUCACGAUUUAAUGUAGUUUAAUAUUUCCCGAGAAUUCUAUGUGUUUUUAAGUAAAAAAAUUGUUUAUAAUUUUAAAAUAUUCCUGAGGCCGCUUAAAUAGUCCAAUUUCAAUUCUGUAAGGUACAUUAGAUAGGCACAGUGACUUUUUAUACAAAAAUCAUAGUUAUCUUAUGUAUCAUAAUUAUUGUGCUUAUUAUAGCGACCGUAAAUUUUUAAUUAACAAUUUAAUUGUUGCUAAACUGUUCAUUCAAUUUCUAUCGGCUUCUAGAAUUAUAAUCUAUACGAAAAGAGCUUUUAUAUUACCAAGUUAUUUAAUAAUUGAUAAACAAUUACUUAUCUAAAAUUUUAGUUGAAAAUUAAAGAUUUUGUUGGAAAACCCCGCAUUUUCCUGGGAAAAUUUUCGUUGAAGUAAAUCGGGAAAAACACGUCUCUAUGUAGAAUUUAAUUACGGUGAAUUUUAUUUGGGUGUUUUUGGUGUAAAGUUAAAAUCUUUGGAGUUAUAGAGCAAAAAUUAAAAAAAACACGAUUUUUGGGCGCCAUCUUGUUUAUAAAAAAAGUAGCACACUAUCUGCGAACUUUGCAUACCUAUAUUAUUAAUAUAUACAAUCAUAAGAUUCCUUAAGAAUUAGACCAGAGUAGGACUGAAAAACAAAUUGAUAAACAGUAAAAAAUGAGAUUAAAAAGAGGAAAUGUCUGUGUUAAUAUUAGUCAUAAACUUGUAUAUUUGGACCUUAGACAUACUUUUUACUUUUUUAGUAAAAAAGUAAAGAGUAUAGAGUAGCCACCUUAAUAUUGUUCCAUCUGUCAUUAAUUUGACAUACAACUCACAGACUUUGAAAACAUAUCGCACCUCCGCUUAAAGAGUGUCAUAUCUCAAAAAAUCUUAAAAUCGGUUUUAUUGCACCAACAGUUUAAUAAAACUAUAAACGCCUAUCUCACAAAGUGUCACGUCUACGAUUCAACUAUUUAUCGUUAGAUGACACUAGUGUCCACGACGAUUAUUAUACGAUUAUCCAAAAUCAACGACGCACCGAACACAAACAGACAGUCACAUAUCGACUUGUGCAAAUCAUUUGUCCAUCUAAGAUGUGUAUAAAGCGUCGUUUGUUGAGUAAAGACAGUAUAUGUGAUUACUUUAUUCAAAACAAUCUGCGUAUGUGCUCAAGAAAAGUGACACAUUUAUCACUUAUUUAUCUUUCUUUUUGCAGUACAUAUUUUGUGUUUAAUGUUGUUAAUUGUAUUUCAAGUUACAUCAUUAAAAAGUAUAGUCUGUUAACCAGAUAAUAAUAAUGAUAUUAUAUUCUGUAUGCAAGUGUCACUUUUGAUAAAUAAUAUUUCGUAAAUUUUUCGAUAUUUUAUCUGUAGGUAUAGUGUCACAACUCAAAAAAAAAAUGUUUUUUUAAUAUACUUAAUACGCUAUUUUCUAGAGCUUCAAAAACCAUUGUAACUGACUAAAAUAGUUAUUAUUCUAAUUUUAAUAGUUUUUGAAUUAAUGUUGUAGAACAAACUUUAAACGUCGUUUUCUCGAAACUUUGCUUUUUUGACUUAUCGACAGUCUUUGAGCGGAGGUGCGAUAUCUGUUUUGUGUUUUUCGAUGUUUAUCUAUGGAAAUAUGUACAAUAAUUAACGAUUUGAUCCCAAUUAACCUAACAUAACCUAAAUAACUUUUUAAGCCUGAGCAAUCUCUUUUAUGAGUUUUAUUUUGUAUUUCCACAUGAGUCAUGUGAGUUAUUGGACUAACUUCUCACAUUUGAGGUGAGAAAACCCUUAACAAUUCCUUAAAUAGAUGUAUUUUGGUUUUUUUGGGUAAAUUUUGACUCUCUUUAAAUGUGUAAAAGUGAUAUUUUUGGUAAAAUUGUUUGUAAACUUCCAAUACCAGUUAUUUGCUUCUAGAUAAGUUUUGUAUGUAUAUAGAGUAAAUAUUAUGUAUUUUGCAAUUUUUAUUGUUAAUAUUAUUAUAAAUGUUAUACAAGAACCACACUGGUGGUUCUUUUAGUGAAGCACUGACACUAAAUAGUCAAUAAAGUUUUUUUUAAACCA